CUCGCAAUGAACACUCUCACCUUCCUCCUGCUCACCUUUUGCACCUCAAUCCACACUCAAACGAGCAAAUUUUACGUCAUCCGCCAAUGGAAGUACCUCAACUUCACAUGGCCGGACGAAGACGCCCUCAAAACGGCCACAGCCACCGGAGACUACAUCCCGGAAAAUAACAUCGUUUCCGGGAUCAAGUACUUCGAGGAUUACUACUACUUGACGCUCCCGAGGAUGAAGAAGGGAGUACCGGCGACGCUGGCACGGAUCAAGGCUGGGCCCACCCGGGACACGGCGCCGCCUCUGGAGCCCUUCCCCUCCUGGGGGAUGAACCAGCUGGGGGAUUGCAACAAUUUGCAGAAUGUGCAAAACGUGGAGAUUGACGCCAAGGGCCAGGUGUGGAUUAUUGACGGAGGGAGGGUGCAGACGUUGGUGGAGCCGGUGGUUAAGUGCGGGGCCAAGUUGGUGGUGUAUGGGCUGAGGGAGGGAAGGGUGAGCACGGUGUUUCAUUUCCCGGAGGAAGUCGCAGCGAGAAAUGGGAGUUAUUUGUACGAUCUUGUGGUGGAUGAUACUGAUGGCGGGUUUGCUUAUAUUACGGAUAAUAGUGCCAUCGAUCCAGGAAUAAUCGUCUUUUCGGUGAAAGAAAACCGCGCGUGGAAAAUCCGCCACUCAAAAACCAUGACAGCAGAUCCCUCCGCCCGCCAUUUCACCGCCAAUGGAGUGCCCAUUUCCGUCCCCAUCAACAUAGCUGGCAUAGCCCUAGGCCCCAAAAUUCACACAAGCAACGAAAAACUAAUAGUCAACGAGGACAGGGAGGUUUAUUUCAGUCCGUUGUCAAGCCUCCACCUUUACUCAAUCAACACUUCGAGUCUCCGAAACCCUGCUAAUUUCUCCGACAGCUCCGUCACCGACUUGGGGCUGAAAUCCUCACAGUCGGUGGGGAUGGUGAUGGACAACCAAGGGAUACUUUAUUACACCCUUUUGGCCAACAACGCCAUAGGGCGAUGGGACAGUCACACCCCGUUCCAAUCCGGGCAGAAAUUAAUCGCCCAGGACAGCAAAUACCUAGAGUGGCCCAACUCUCUAACUUUGGAAACUAUGGGCAACUUGACCGUGCUUAUGAAUCGGCUCAACCAAUUCGUUUACGAUAAGUUCGACUUAAACAAGUACAAUUUUAGACUGAUUACGGCCUUUGUGGGCGGGAGAAGUUACGUGUACGACGAUAAUUUCAAUUAUGAUAUGAAUAGGGACGAAAGGAUGUUUCACAAUGAAAGUAAAACGACUCCAGAACCACUUCCAACUCCUGCACCGGAGCCGCAUUACGAUGACAUAACAUCAACGAUGAGCAAUAACGUGGAAAUAGUUAAAUCAGCAAGUCAUAAAUUAGCGAGUAGUUUGUUUACUUUGAUUUUGUGUUUUCUGCUAGUGCGACGGUGAAACAACGAGAAAUUUCGGUCGGGUCGCUCAAAAUGGCCCCCGGACGGCCAUUUUGAGCCUGUAAAUAUACUCUGUUUAGGAUAGUCAUUAGCUUGAUCAGACUGUUUUGUUUUGUAAUCAUUAUUAAUUCUGUUGCGUUGUUGUCUAGUGUUUUAGUUACCAAAGCCAUUAACACGUAAUAAAAUAUCGAAAACAAA